AUGUUGUUGAUCAGACUACUGGCUAUCUUCCUCGUCCUCAUCACUAACACGUGGCUGCUCAGCCCAGUUCACUCCGAUGCACUCAGCCGGUUCAAACGAGACAUGGCCCAGCGGGCAGACCGGGAGCUCUCCAGGCUAACAGGUGAACCCUGCACCGUCUCCGGAGUCUGGAGGUCCCGGCGGCCACCCCGCUCCAUCUCCCAGUCCCAACACCGCCCUCCAGCGGCCCGUCCGAGGACGCACACGACCCGGAGAGAGCUGUACACUGAAAAGAGCGCGCCUGCGGUUUGUGAAGGAAGGUGCAGGUCUGAUAUCGGAGCGCACCAGGGCGCUUCACUAAAGCAGGAUCAGGGACAGGGCUGGGUCAACGCGGAGGUUGUAGCGGCGGGAGCUGUGAAGAAAUAUGAUACAGUGCAUGAACAGGUUUAUGAGAAACCCACAACUGACCGGAUAGACCCAAGUUAUGUCACACAGCAGCCGUGGGUGUCUGCGCGUAAAGACGCAGGAGACCCCGUCUCCUCUACGGGCCAAGCGCAGACCUCAAGCAGCUCCAGGUCUACCCGCAGCACUGACACGACGUUUCCUUACGAGGAAGAGCGAAACUCCAGCUGGCAGACUGUUUUCCCGGACAGCUCAACAGAUUCCAGGGGGCUCCAAGUCCUCUACAGGCUUCAGCAGGAAGAUGGAGACCCGCAGACCUCGACAGGGGCCCCGGUGGACGGUACCGAGGACUACUCCGGGGAGGUAGAGGAGGCGGAUCCACCUGCGAGCCUGCCCGUUGGCAGUUCCCCUCCAUGGGGGAGCCCCGUGCUUCGGGUGCCCCCUUCUUGGAUGACCGCCCUGUACUUCAACGGGCGUCGGGAGCAGCUGAGGGUGAAGCCGGCUGCGGGGGUGGAGCUGCCGAGGGCCAAGUUCAGCCUGGAGUUGUGGGUGAAGCCUGAAGGAGGGCAGAGCAACCCAGCGGUUAUAGCAGGUGUGUUUGACAACUGUUCCCAUUCACUGAGUGAGAAGGGGUGGUCGGUGGGCAUCCGCACUCUGGAGCCUCCCGGCACCAAAGAUGCACGGUUCUACUUUACACUACGCACAGACCGGGCCACAAAAUCCACCACCGUCUUCAGCCACCAGCGGUACCGAGCCAAUGCCUGGACUCACCUGAUGGCCGUGUACAGUGGCCGCAGCAUGACCCUGUAUGUCGAUGGAGCUAAGGUAGGAGAGAGCAGCCUCCAGUCAGGGAAUCUCUACAGUCCCUUCAUGAAGACCUGCAGGACCCUCUUCCUUGGCAGUAACCAAUCAGAUCAACGACAGAGCUUCAGGGGAUACAUAGGAGGAGUGGUCCUGUGGGACUACACCCGCUCUCAUGAGGACCUGCUGAAGCGACCACUUCAGAUUGACAAAAGCGAGCCACUCCUGGCAACAUGGGCUGACUUCACCAAUGUGGAAGAACUAUGGGCUCCAUACAAAGUUGGCCUUCAUCCGACCAUCAUCACCACUCCUGUUCCUGAACCAGAACUUGUCUCCCCAUUCCUCCCCCCACCCUGUGGCCUGACACCCUGUGACAACACCGACAUCAUCUUCGGCUACAACAACAACUGGCAGCUUCGUGCACACAAGCGAAUUCGCUACCGGAUCGUCAACCUCUCCAAUGACGAUGGUGAUAUCCCAACUGUGUCCCAAGCCCAGAUCCAUCUCCAGCACCGCGCUCUGACUGAGGCGUUUCGCCCUUACAACAUCAGCCUGGAUCUGAGCGUCCACUCGGUGAAGAACUCAAGCCUCCGACAGCGGUUCAUCCUCAGCAACUGUCGUAUCGGAAAGAUUGGGAACCGCCGGUGUGACCCUGAGUGUGACCACCCAAGGACGGGGCAUGAUGGAGGGGACUGUCUCAGACUGGGACCCUGCUACAACUGGAAGAGACAGGAUGGCUUCUGUAACAUGGAGUGCAACAGUAUACACUAUGACUACGAUGAUGGAGACUGCUGUGACCCAGAGGUCACAGACGUCCUCAAGACCUGCUUCGAUCCAGAGUCGCCUGACAGAGCCUACAUGAGUGUGAAGGAGCUGAAGGAGGAGCUAAAGCUGAGCGGCAGUGACACACUCAAUGUUUUCUUUGCAAGCAACUCAGUGCGUGAAGAGUUGGCAGGAGCUGCAACCUGGCCAUGGGCAAAGGAGGCUCUUACCCACCAAGGGGGGAUGGUGCUGAACCCGUCUUACUUCGGUACCAUGGGCCACCACAACACCAUGAUCCAUGAGAUGGGCCACAUCUUAGGACUGUACCAUGUGUUCAAGGGGGUGAGCGAGCGGGACUCCUGUGAUGACCCGUGUCAGGAAACCACCCCAUCUAUGGAAACCGGAGACCUGUGUGCUGACACUGCACCCACACCCAAAUCCAAAGCCUGCCACGAUCCUGGAGCUGUCAAUGAUACCUGUGGAGUCACCACAUACCAGGACACACCUUACAGCAACUACAUGAGCUACACAGAUGACAACUGCACCAACCAUUUCACCCCCAACCAAGUGGCCCGGAUGCACUGUUAUCUUGACUUGGUCUACCAGAAGUGGCUGACGGACCAGAGACCUGUGCCCAUCCCUCAGGCCCCCAUAAUCACAGACCAGAGUCUGGAUUCUGUCUCUGUUUAUUGGCUCCCACCUAUAAGAGGACCACUUCACCAAGGCUCCUCCCUCCAUGUAUCUGGUGUCAGCUGUGGAGACUGUGAGAGAGACGGUGUUUUCCAUCAGUACGCCCAUGAGGCAACCUCACCUCGCAUCUGUGACACAUCAGGCUACUGGACCCCCGAGGAGGCAGUCGGUCCGCCUGAUGUGGAGCAGCCUUGUGAACCCAGUCUGCAGGCCUGGAGUCCUGAACUCAGCCUCUAUGACACUAAUGUGACGUCGCCGUGUCCUGACACUGAGGGCUGCACCCUCACGCUGAGGUUCCUCCACCCUAUCGUUCCACACACGCUCACCCUCUGGGUCACCUACAUCUCCUCAAAGAACCCAGCCAUAGCCAACAUAGAGCUGAUAACAGACACGGGCAAAAGCAUUAAUCUAGGGCUGCAGCACGUCUUCUGCGACAUGCCCCUCACACUGCGUCUUGACACCCAAAACGCCGCCAUAGCCGCGAUAAAGCUCUGCACCUUUGAUGAGAAGAUGGAGAUCGAUGCUGCCAUGUUGUCGUCAGGCCCUGGCAGCCCUCUGUGCUCCAGCUGCAAACCUCUGCUGUACAGGAUUCAGCGGCUACCCACCUUCACUGGCAAACCCCUGCCACCUCAGACCCAGCAGACCUUCACUGACAGCUCUGUGAAGCAGGGAGUCCAGUACCUGUACAUGAUCCAGGUAGAAGCUGACGGUCUCCUCAGUGAUCCUUCCCCGCCUCUGGUCUACACCCACGGCCAGCCGUACUGUGGAGACGGCGUCAGACAGGGGUCAGAGGAGUGUGACGACCGAAACCUGCUGGAUGAUGACGGCUGCUCCAAGAAAUGCAAGAAGGAGACAGGCUUCAACUGUAAUGGUGAACCCAGUCAGUGUUAUGUUUUUGACGGUGAUGGUGUGUGUGAGGAGUUUGAGCGGGGCUCCAGCGUGCAGGACUGUGGUUACUUCACUCCUCUGGGCUACACAGACCAAUGGGCUUACACGGCUACUGCUUCUCACCAGGACCCCAAACGCUGUCCAGCCAACACUGUCACGGGGGAGCCAUCACUCACCAAGCUCUGCAGGUACCAGCACCUUGAGGUGAGUGACAACAAGCCCACAGACGCCUGGUUCCCCUGCACAGCCCAGCCGGACACAAGCAAUGACCUGGAACAUUCAGUCUGGCUAAAGGUGGGAUUUGUCCAUCCUGGAGUUGCAGCCUCUGUGAUCGUGUAUCUGGCGUCAGAUGGGUCGUGGUCUGGGGAGCAGUGUCGGAGGACAGCCACCAUCUUCCUGUCUGAUACUACUGGCAAAAACCACUCAUUAGGCACACACGACCUCUCCUGCACUCGGAACCCGUUGGUGGUGAAUGUGACCCAUGACCUCUCUAAACCCUUCUACUUCACCGCGGCUGUUAUUCUGCUCUUCUCCUCUCCCGCUGUGGCUGUGGGAGGUGUCGCCCUGAGGACCUCCUGCCACUUCAGCACCUUCGCCCUGACCGGCUGUUUGCGGCAGCCGUGUCAGCUGGACAACUGCAGCCCCCCCCAGUUAGACCACGCCUCCGUCAGGUGUACAGGAGCAGGGGAGGCCUCAGACUGCUCUGUACAGUGUCACCGGGGUUUUAGUAUCACUGUCCUCAACGGCAGAGCAACCCUACCUCACCAGAGAGAAACUCGUCUGGAGUGUUAUCACGGCUCAUGGGAUCGUGCGGUUAGCUGUCAGCCUGUAGACUGUGGCCUGCCUGAUCAGUCUCAUGUCUACCACGCCAUAUUCAGCUGUCCCUGGGGAACCACCUUUGGCAAACAAUGCUCCUUCACCUGUGGAUCACCAGCUAUACUACAGGGUGACAGUGACAGGUUGGUGUGUUUGGAGGAUGGUCUGUGGUCUUUCCCAGAGGCCUACUGCAAGAUAGAGUGCCAAGAGGCUCCGAAUGUCUCCAACGCCAAGCUGCUAUCGGCCGACUGUCUGGCCUCAGGGCACGAUGUGGGCUCCGUCUGCCGUUACAGAUGCAACCCAGGCUUCUACGUAACAGGGAGUCUCAAGAAGAAGACACCAAGGAAAUUCUUCAGGCUGGACUGUCUGGAGGGGGGACAAUGGGAAGAGUCCAACUGUGAGCCAAUAUCCUGCCCAGCCCUUCCUGAUGUGUUCCAGGGCAUGUAUACCUGCACCAACGGCCUGUACUAUGACACCACCUGCAGCCUGCAGUGCCCGGACACAACAGAAAAUAGGCAGAUACGUUGCACGAAGGAUGGUAAAUGGACUGCAGAGUUUACCAUGUGCUCCAAGCUCCAGGGAUCAUGCUCUCCUCCCGCUGAUCUCAACUCUGUAGAGUACAGCUGUGACCAGGGGAUGGAUGUCGGUGCCCUUUGCUACCCAACAUGCAUUGUGGCUCUGGACAUGGAUCUGCGUGACCCUGUGGUCCUGCCCAACAGCACAACAGCUGUCUCAGUAAAACACUGGAUGAGACCCACCAAAGUGGAGAGUAUAGUCUGCACAGGGAUGAUGAAGUGGUACCCUGACCCUAAACACAUCCACUGCAUUCAGUCAUGUGAGCCUUUUGGAGGGGACGGCUGGUGUGACACCAUCAACAACCGGGCUUACUGCCAGUACGACGGAGGAGACUGCUGCCCGUCCACGCUCUCCACCAGAAAGGUCAUCCAGUUUGGGGCCGACUGCGACCAGGAUGAGUGCACUUGCCGUGAUCCGGACGCUGAGGAGAAUAAGAGCAAAGCCAAGCCGUUACAAGGAGGAGGUGGAGGAGGAGGAGGAGGAGGAGGAGGAGGAAUGUAAGAUGGAGGGAUGAAAGAGGCUGAACUUGUGUUAAACAAAGUCAAACCACAGACUGUACACCACAACAAACAAACACAAAAAAUAUUCAGUUUUGAACAAUUGUAAUGCAAAGAAUGUCACCGAAGACAGACUGUAUACAAUGAAGAGUCCAUUUUUAUUUUAUCACAAGUGAUCUGUCUUUUAAAAGCUUCACAUAUGAGUCAUGUUUGUUUAGAAAUCCCAUCACGCAAAGAUCCAGCCAAACAUCCACAUGUGAAACCUGUAUAUUGUUUUCCUUUUCCCUGUUAGGAGAUUAAAAGUUAUCUUCUCUGCUGAGUUUGUCUCUGAGCAGAUAUGUCAUAUUUUGAGGAUUAGAGCCUAGCUAAAAAAAAAAAACACUAAGGUUUAUCCACUCCUGUUCAAAACAAGUCAUUGUAAUUGGAUCAAAUUACUAUUGUAAACGGAUCCAAGUUCUUUUCUGGAGUUGAUUAGUCCUCGGACAAAGAAAGCAAAAGAACUGGCUCUGCCUGAAAACAAGAACGGGCUACUGCAUCAGACAGUGUUUACUGUUCGAGGACAAACAUUAGCAUUCCGUGAAAUCAUUUCAAAAUACUAUAUGUAAAUCAAACUGAAGCCAAAUAAAUGACUGGUUCAUUUUCCCCACUGCAACGCUAAAAAAAGGCACUUUGGUUAUUGUAGUCUGAUCGCUGAUCUGAACCAAACAGGGACUGAUAAAAUCAACAUAAAACACUGAUCUGAUUCUCUUACCUGGCAGAGCCGUGUCGUCCUCUCUGUCCUCACAGCACAACGAACACAAAUCUCAAACUCUGAAGUGACGUCAGAGCGUCAUCGCUCAUUAUCCUUCCUCAGACUUCAGUCUGACAGGUAGCUUGUUAGGAAAGGAUACAUAUCUGUAAAGACUAACAUGUAUAGACUAAUAUAUUUGGAUCACCUAACAUAUGUAGUAGAUCACAUAUUAGUUACACAAGUCAACACACUAUUUAUACCACAAAUCUUGUAACACACAUUUAUCUGUACAAUAAAGCACACGCACAAGGCUUUCCAAAUGUAUUUCUCCUCAUCACAGAACCAGACACUCUGUCCUUUAUAUCAGUCUGACGUCAUGUCUGAAUGUAACUGAUAAAAUCAGUAACAAUCGACUCAACAGUAAAGUACAAAAACACUCUGACUCACUGUGGAUUUCCACUGAACUCAUGUUGCAUUUCAAAAUGUAAUGUUGGAUCCUUUUUUCCUCUUAUGAAAAGAGGAACCAAAGCGUCAAAGUGAAAAGGGGAAAUACUUUGGGAAGUCUUUAUUAGCGCUGAACUCCACAAGAACUUACAACUUCUCCAGCUUGCAUGUUUGUGCAUCAGAACUGUUCUGGCAUCUAUAAUACAGAGAUGAUGAAGUACCCCAUACAAAGUUGUAUCUGUAAAAGUGUAAUCAUGUUGUUCUGUGAUAUUUUUCAGUACUUUAUACUCUCUGAGAAAUAAAUAGUAACUUUAUAUCAA